GGAAGAGAUAUAGUGAGAUUAAAUGCGUGUGCUUUGUGCCAUGAAUGGAGGAAAUGGACCUCAAAGCUAUGCCCAAAACUCAUCCUAUCAGAGAGGAGCAACAGAAGUUGCAAAAGAAAUUAUCAGAGAAGAAAUUGACAAAAAGCUAGACAUUAAACAACUUUCUUCAACCUCUAUGGAUCCAUUUUGCAUAGCAGAUUUUGGCUGCUCCACAGGACCAAAUACAUUUGUGGCAAUGCAAAUCAUCAUUGAAGCCUUGGAGGACAAAUUCAAAAAAGAGGGACUAACACCUGAAUUUCAAGUCUUCUUUAAUGACCUUGCAUCUAAUGAUUUUAACACACUUUUUGCUUCACUUCCGCCAGAAAGACACUACUGUGCAGCUGGAGUGCCUGGUUCUUUUCACAGUGUCAUGUUCCCAAAGGCGAGCCUUCAUUUUGCUUAUUCAUCUUACUCGCUUCACUGGCUUUCAAAGGUGCCAAAAGAGGUUACAGACAAUACGUCUCCUGCAUGGAACAAAGGAAAGAUUCACCAUGGCGGUGCCAAAAGGGAAGUUCUUGAUGCCUAUGCAUCUCAAUUUGCCAAGGACUUGGACUCAUUCCUGAAUGCAAGGGCACAUGAGCUCGUGGAUGGAGGCCUGAUGGCACUUCUUAUACCUGCUGCUCCUGAUGCUAUUCGUGAAUCUCAUACCAGUACAAUCACAGAGGUAGAAUGUGAAGUUCUAGGAUCUUGCUUGAUGGACUUGGCUAAGAAGGGAGUAGUGGACGAAGUGAAAGUGCAUAUGUUCAACUUGCCAGUAUAUUUCACAUUUCCCAAUGAGCUAAAGGCACUGCUGAAGGCAAAUGAAAAUAUGGACGUCCAGAGAAUGGAGAUACUAAACAUUCCAGGAAAGCAAGUGCUUUUUCCCAACCGUACUGCAAAUGUUUUGUACCUGAGAGCUGUCUUACAAGGAGUUUUGGAGAAGCAUUUUGGAAGUGGAAUCGUGGAUGAAUUGUUUGAACUGUAUGGACGAAAAGUUGCAGACUCUUCUUUUUUCUUUGAUCCAGAAAAUCAAGAUCUGAUCGUGAUUUUUGUUCUGCUAAGGCGAAAAAUGAGAACAUGAAUAAGUUAAUAUUUAGCAGUUAGCAGUACCAUUUUUAAUAAAAU